AUGUCUACUUCUACCGACAUCCGACUACGUCAAGGCCCGAAGACUGUUGGUUGGGCAAGGGAGCGGGUUUCAGCUCCGUUCGAGGAGAACGGCACAGUCCAAGCCAAGCCCGAACAGAAGCUCAACGCUGGUAAAAUUCGAGAAUAUUUCAUUGCGGCAACACUCUACUCACAUCCGGCAUAG